UUUAGUCAACUUUUAAGUUUUAAAUAGUAAAUGAAGCAGUCUGGCUCUGUGGUGAAGCGUACAGGCGUUUAUUCUGAAUUUUAUUCAAUCCGUUCAUAAAUCUGCUUAAUGAUGUUAGCUGUUUUCUAGCUUGUCAUUAUCUAUAAUACCUUCUUUAAACAAUGUCAAUCUUGAGUAGCCUAUAUAAAUUGUUUUUGAACCCUACCUGAGACGCUACAUUUGAAUUGACGUUACCACACGACUUCGUCAACUACAGAUAAAAUGGGGCCUUCUAAUGCGGUACCUGGGUUGGAUGUUGUGGCCCAAAUGAAUACUUUUACCUCUUUUGUUUCAAUGCUCUCCGAUCCUGGAGCAAAGGAUGAGAACAAACUAAAAGCAGCCCAAGAGCUAAGUGAAAAUUUGGAAGUCAUUGUCAGUUCCCCACAGUAUCCAGCAUUCUUGGAUCAUGCUAUGAAAAAUUUUCUCAAGAUAUUGCAAGACAGUGAACCACUCUUCAUUGCAGAGUACAACAUUCAGCAAGUCCGAAAAUUGAUUUUGGAAAUGUUUCAUCGUCUUCCCACCAAUGAACACUUAAGGCCAUAUGUGAAACAAUCACUUAACCUCAUGUUCAGAUUACUUGAGAGAGAAAAUGAAGAUAAUGUGCUGAUAUGUCUUCGAAUCAUAAUUGAACUUCACAAACAGUACCGUCCCCAAUAUAGUGUGGAGAUCCAAACUUUUCUACAAUUUGUCAAAGGCAUCUACCGUGACCUACCGAAUCAACUAAACAAGAUAUUUGAACCAAGGAGCCCCAUCAAAGUUAAAGAUUUAAGUGAAUUAAACAUUGAAGCAGUACUUGCUGAAACAUUUACUGCCACUGUUGUUCUCACAGAAACACGAACUCCUGAUGGAAACAACAUAUCAUAUAAUUUGAUACCAAAAGGAGUGUUGUCGUUGAAAGUUUUGCAGGAACUCCCAAUAAUUGUGGUCCUAAUGUAUCAACUUUACAAGCAUAAUGUUCAUCAAGAUGUAGCAGAGUUUAUACCUCUCAUCAUGACUACAAUUACCCUUCAGCCAUCAGCCCAGCACAAGGCAAAUCCUGCAUUUAACAAAGAAAUUUUUGUAGACUUCAUUGGAGCCCAAAUCAAAACGCUAUCUUUCCUGGCCUACAUCAUUCGCAUUUAUCAAGAAGCUGUUGCUCAACAAGCUACUCUAAUGGUUAAUGGUAUACUGGGACUAUUAAGUCUGUGCCCCAUGGAAGUUGCUCAUUUGAGGAAAGAAUUGCUGAUAGCAUCAAGGCACAUCCUGGCAACUGACCUCCGUCUUCAUUUCAUUCCAUUCAUGGAGCGCUUAUUUGACGAAAAUUUACUGUUUGGCAAAGGUUGGACAACUAAUGAAUCUUUAAGACCUUUAGCCUAUAGUACGUUAGCUGACCUCGUUCAUCAUGUUCGACAACACCUUCCAAUGCUUGACCUUGCUCGUGCAGUUCAUCUAUUCUCAAAAAACGUUCAUGACGAAUCGCUUCCAACAAGCAUUCAGACUAUGUCUUGCAAGUUAUUGCUGAAUUUGGUGGAGUGCAUACGACAACGUUCAGAUGUUGAAAAUGGACCUGGAAGAGAGUUGCUGAUAGAAAUGCUUGAAGUCUUUGUUUUAAAAUUCAAAAGCAUCGUGAAAUUACAGUUGCCUAUUUUAGCUGGGACAAAGAACAAGCAAGACAACAGUGGAACAAAUGCAACCCCUAGUACUGAGCCUCCUUCUUCUCCUUCGUUAAGUUGGUCACAGAAUGGAGCUGCACCACCGUCAUCUUCACCGUCAUCUGCGAAUGAAACGAAACCGGAAGAUACUCGGUCAUCAUUAGUUCUUCUAGAUGAAAAAGAGAAAACGAUGAAGUUUGCUGUUCGAGUUGCGGGACCUGUCUUCAGCAUCACUGAAUGUCGAAGCUUAGUUAAAACGCUUGUGUGCGGUGUGAAAACCAUAACCUGGGGAUGUGCGGCCUGCAAAACUCCACUCGAUACUACGACUAGUGUUGCUACUACGGGCAAGAAUUUGCAACCUAAAGAAACGGUGAUAUUCAUCCGUUUGGUGCAGUGGGCGAUGAAAGCACUUGAUGUGUACGCCUUAAAUAUUCCGAGUGCCGUCGGAGCGGAGACGUCUGGCAGUCUUAAUAGCACCGUCGUUGGCUUUCCGGUCGGUGGGGCUUCCGCUGCUCGGCCGACUGUUCCAGCACAAACUAUUCGCUCUAAAGAAGAAAAAGAAGUAUUGGAACAUUUUGCUGGUGUUUUCGCCAUGAUGAACCCGCAAACCUUCAAGGAAGUAUUUGCCACAACAAUUGACUACGUGGUAGAACGUAUUUACCGCAAUAGCGCUUUACAGGUAGUUGCAAAUUCAUUUCUUGCAAACCCUUCCACCUCCGCUGUUUUCGCCACCAUCCUCGUCGAAUAUUUGCUGAAUCACAUGGAAGAAAUGGGAUUGAACAUGGAGCGUUCUAAUCUUUAUUUGAAGUUGUUCAAACUUGUGUUUGGUAGCGUUUCUUUGUUUGCUGCGGAGAAUGAACAAAUGUUAAAGCCACAUCUACCGCACAUUGUCAACAAAUCUAUGGAAUUAGCUUUGAGUGCUAAAGAGCCCUACAACUACUUCCUCCUGCUGCGGGCACUUUUUCGAUCCAUCGGCGGAGGUAGUCAUGACCUCCUUUAUCAAGAAUUUUUGCCAUUGCUUCCGAAUCUUCUUCAAAGCCUAAACAGUCUUCAAAGUGGACUUCACAAGCAGCAUAUGAAGGAUCUCUUCGUGGAACUUUGCCUGACUGUUCCCGUGCGGUUAUCUUCACUCCUUCCUUACCUCCCGAUGCUUAUGGAUCCUCUUGUGUCUUCGCUGAAUGGUUCACAGACUUUGGUGAGCCAAGGUUUAAGAACCUUAGAACUCUGUGUCGACAAUCUUCAACCAGAUUUUCUUUACGAGCAUAUACAGCCAGUAAGAGCUGAGCUAAUGCAAGCAUUAUGGCGUACUUUGAGGAAUCCAAACGACCAGAUCGCACACGUUGCCUUUAGAGUCCUUGGUAAGUUUGGAGGUGGUAAUCGUAAAAUGAUGGUUGAACCGCAACGACUAGACUAUUGGGACAAAGAGUCUGGUCCUUGCAUCGUUAUCCACUUCCAAGAAUUGAAACAGCCCGUUUCCCUGCCCGUCGAGAAGAUUAUGGAGACAGCGUUUUCUGCUUUGAAAUCGAGUAGUACCGAGCCAUUUUACCGAACGCAAUGCUGGGAAGUAGUUCGUUGCUUUCUGCUAUCUUCACUUCACCUGGAUGACGAUCGUCUCACAAUGCAGCGUUUAUUAUCUCAUCAUUCGUUCUUGGAAGGAGAUAUUCAUCCUGUGCAAAGUCCUUCGUUCCAGUGCAGUGACAAGCAAGCAAGACAUGUACAUCAAACGGCGGUUACUGCCAUGUUCGUCGCAGCAGCCAUAAAGGAGUUGAGGCAAGCUGUUCUGCCCACUAUGGUAUCUCUAGUCCGACACUACACUCUUGUUGCCGUCGUCCAGCAGGCGGGGCCGUUUCCUAUGCUUGUUCCUGGUCGCUCUGCUCAACGGAUUUUAGGCAUGGAUCCACUCGUCUUGGUUGAUGCAUUGGCUACAAUUAUGGGCCACGAAGAAAAAGAACUUUGCAAACCUGGACACUUGGCGCUAGUGUUGAUGCUUGACACUGCAUCUAUUGUGCUCGGUUCCCAAGAGAGAGCUUGUAAACUUCCUCUAAUGGAAUAUCUGGCAGAACGAAUGUGCAGCCUUUGCUACGACAGAGCUUGGUAUGCAAAAUUGGGCGGUUGCAUUGCCAUCAAGUUCCUGUUUGAACGAAUGGCAUUCAAGUGGGUUCUCGAACAUCAGUAUGUAUUCCUAAAGGCCCUCUUGUUCGUCAUGAUGGAUCUCACUGGAGAAGUGUCGAGCGGCGCUAUUGACAUGGCCAAAGCCAAUUUGGAGAAAAUGCUUCUUUUGUGCGCUACUCCGCUGCCAGAAUCGUCUCCUUCUCCGGAAAUUUUGUCUGCGCAAAAGAAAAGUCUGCAUGACGUGACCCAUGAACUCGUACGACAAGUGACCAGUCCAAAUUCAACUGUACGUGAGCAAGCCAUGCACCUAUUGCAGGUUUUGGCACGGAUAACAAACCAAACACCAACGGCCAUCAUGGAACCACACAAGGAAGUGUUGGCUGACAUGAUUCCGCCUAAAAAGCAUUUACUGAGACACCAGCCAGUCAACGCCCAAAUUGGGUUAAUGGACGGUAACACCUUCUGCACGACGCUGAAACCCCGACUGUUCACCAUUGAUCUUAAUAUUGUCGAGCAUAAGGUUUUCUUCCACGAACUACUAUCGCUGUGCGAGGUGGACGACACUGUUCUUCUGAAAUUACCUUGCUACAAGUCCGUGAGCAACUUGACCCCAUUGAGAAAAUCCGCUUUGCAAGCGUUAGCCGCUUGCCACUACAUCACUCAGUGCCGAGACAAGAUCUUGAAUGUUAUCUUCAAAGCUUUGAGUUGUAACAAUGCUGAACUUCAAGAAACUGCAUUCUCCUGUAUGAAGAAGAUAUUGGUGGGCACUCAGAUCGAAAUGGAGACUGUACAUACCGCCGUUCGUCCGUUGUUACUCUUGCUGGGCGAUUACCGCAGUUUGUCUACCAAUGUCAUAUUGCGCUUGUCUCACACGACUCAACUUUUCCCCCACGUAUUCAACGAAAAGCUUUGUGAACAACUUCUUCAGCAUUUACGCAAGUGGCUCGAAGUAGUGAUCGUGGCGUUUAAAACCGGAGGAAAUCGUCCAGUUGCUACCCAGACUAGCCACGGACCUUUCAGCAGCAGCAGCUUGUGCAGCAAUGAAGUGAAGGUUGCAAUUGGCAUCAUUGGACUUUUUCAUCAGAUUCCAGCUGCUUCGGCAAGAUUCCUGGAAAUCCUGUGCAAAUUAGUGCUGCAAACAGAACGUGCCUUAGGAUUAGAACCAGGCAGUCCUUUCCGAGAGCCCUUAAUCAAGUUUCUUCUGCGAUAUCCUACCGAAACAAUUGAUUUACUUUUACGGGAAGAUAUCAUUGCCGAUGCUGAUUGGAAUCGGUUCCUUGAACAUUUUGUUCGCCACAGUGAAGGCAAACCGUUUCGUGACGCUAUUAAGGCCAACACAAAUCGAUUGGUUAAUUUUGUGCUUGGCGGUCUGCCUUCGGAGUCUACAACACCCAAACCUCAUGCACUGCAAGUGACGGUUCGAAUCUUGCGCAUCAUGAUCUGCAAGGACGACCAGUGGAUAUCUGAACAGCCCGAUUUAAUAACCGUGCUGACUAAAGCUUGGUGUUCGGGUCGCUACGAGGAAAAGAAAACUACAAGCCUUUCGAUCGCUGAGCGAAAGGAGCAACGUCAACUGGCCAAAAUUUUACUGUAUUACUUUCAGCAGCACCCUGAAGAAGUUGAAUUACUCUUCCAUUUGAUGCGCGCGUUGUGCGAUCGCACGAUUCCCGAUUUCUACUUUUUGAAAGAAUUUUUGGAAAAAACAGUCGGCCAAUCAUAUGGAGCUGACUGGAAGCGAGCGUCUUUUUUCAAGUUUGUCGAGCUUUUCCGAAAUCCCAACUUGGGACAAGAACUUAAAGCCAAAAUUCUCCAACACAUCAUAAUUCCAGGAUUUGCCGUCAGUUUCGAGCGAGGAGAAGGCGAAAUUCUCAUUGGUACACCACCGACCCCCGACCAAGAUAACAGUGAAAGCGUUGUUAGUGUUUUCAUCAAUAAAGUGAUUGAUCCAGACAAUCCUUUUGGAACUUCGGACGCUGUUCGAAUCCUGUUGCUUCAGCUGAGCUGUUUGUUGGUUGAACAAGCUUCGCAACAUAUUCACGACGCCGCCAAUAAACGCCAGGGAAACAAACUACGUCGCCUUAUGACUUUUGCAUGGCCGUGUCUGUUGAGCAAGAACUGUGUUGAUCCAACCACCCGUUACCAUGGCCAUUUGCUGUUGAGUCACAUCAUUGCAAAGUUCGCCAUUCACAAACGAAUUGUGCUGCAAGUUUUCCACAGUUUGUUGAAGGCCCACGCUGUUGAAGCUCGCAAUGUUGUCCGACAAGCACUGGAGAUUCUAACGCCAGCUAUGCCUCUUCGCAUGGAGGACGGAAACACCAUGCUUACCCACUGGACGAAGAAAAUCAUUGUAGAAGAGGGUCACACAAUUGCUCAACUGGUGCACAUUCUCCAGUUGCUGGUGCGUCAUUACAAGGUGUAUUAUCCAGUUCGACAUCAUCUGGUGCAGUACAUGAUAACCUCGAUUCAGCGCCUGGGAUUUACUCCAACGGCCACGCUAGAGCACAAGAAGUUAGCCGUCGAAUUGGCCGAAGUUGUCCUCAAGUGGGAGCUUCAGCGUAUGAAGGAUGAAGCUGAUUCAGGAGGUGAGUCCUGUGAUGAGACCAUGCCAUCUGGAUCCGUAAAACGAUCAGGAAAUGACGGACUUCCAGAAGCAAAGAAGCCACGACUUGCCUCAUCUUCUUCUUCAGGGAAAAUGCUGGAAGUCAGUAAACCGAUUGAGAAAACUCACUGUGAUGCCAUAGCAAACUUUUUAUUAAGACUGGCGUGUCAGGUGAACGAUGCAACCUCGACCGCCAACAGUUCGGGCGAGCAGUUAUCUAAACGAUGUGUGGCUCUUCUGAAGAUGGCUUUAAAACCCGAUGUUUGGCCAAAUUGUGAACUGAAACUAGCUUGGUUCGAUCGACUGUUUCAGACUGCCGAUUCUCCCGCAGCCGCUACUGCGGCCGCAUCGGCAGCAGCAGCCGCUUCUGCUCCAAAUUUCACCAAUAUUUGUACAGCUCUCGAUUUACUAACAUUCCUGUUAAGUAUUUUGCGGAAGGAACAAAUCCUGGCAGGCUUCAAACCACUUCAACGCGGGCUUUCUUCACUCAUGAAUUGCACGAAUCCCAAAGUUAUUCGAUGCCUUCAUGGACUUCUUUCUCGUCUUAUGUCAGUGUUUCCAACUGAGCCAACCAACUCAAAUGUGGCCUCGAAGCAUGAAGAGCUUGAAGGUUUAUACGCUGCCGUUACGAAAGCCAUUUAUGAAGGAUUAGGGGCAUACGAGAGAAACACUACCGCACCGUCAACGUCUCUACUUGGAACCUUGAUGCUGCUUAAAGCUGCGUGCACCAACAACCCUUGCUACAUCGAUCGGCUGAUAACGUCUUUCAUGAGAGCUUUGCAAAGAAUGACUCGAGAACAUUUAAUACCUGCUACUAAUGAUCGCCAGGCUAAUGCUACCACUACUGUACCUGAGAGCGGUUUCAGUUCGUGCGAGUUGCUCAUCCUCAGCCUGGAUUUGGUGAAAAAUCGUGUUGGAGUCAUGGGUGUUGAAAUGCGAAAGGCUUUCAUUGGUUCUAUUCUAGUCGGUCUAUUAGAAAAGAGCAGUGAAUCCAAAGUGGUGCGGUCGAUUGUUCGCAUGCUAGACGAGUGGAUGAAAACGAAAACCCCUAUCGCCAUCAACCAAGGACCGAGUUUGCGUGAAAAAUCUAUUCUUCUUGUUAAAAUGAUGCAGUGUUUGGAGAAACGUUUUCCAGAUGACGUGGAACUGAAUAUUGCUUUUCUCGAGCUGAUCAACUUCGUCUACUGUGAAGAAUCCCUUAAAGGCUCAGAAUUGGUGUCGAAAUUGGAACCAGCAUUCCUCGCUGGACUUCGUUGUCCUCAGCCAGCAACGAGAGCAAAAUUUUUUCAAGUUCUCGAUACGAGUAUGCGACGGCGUCUACACGAUCGACUCCUGUACAUAGUUUGUUCCCAAAAUUGGGAAGCCAUUUCAGCCCAUUACUGGAUCAAGCAAUGCUUAGAAUUGAUUUUGGUAACAUCUGUUUCUGGAACUCCUAUUCAUACUGCUCCUGCCUCUGCUUUACUUCCUGGUGUAACCUCCGUCAUCGCUACAGCGGAUGCCAGUGAGAGAGAAACCUUCAGUGUCGCAGGAAACAUCAAGGAGGAGCCUGAAGAAUUACUAGACGUUUUCGCUCACGUCAAGGAAGACGAUAUUGACAUGGAUUUAAGUAACGCCCCUAACGAUCCUCUCACGCCUUCUGGGAUGAACAAAACCGGCCUAGCCACUUUGGUGAAUCGCCAAGUCAAAUUUCUUGAAAGCGGCAAGGAAGUGACGUCGUCACAGUUUUUGGAAGCCGUUGCACAGUUGGCCCACAUGGAUACGUCGCUAGCUGAAGUUCUCUGGUUGGAUUUGUUUCCUCGUAUUUGGAAAGUUCUCGGUGAGAGGCAGCAGCAAGCGCUUUCUGUCGAACUAGUGCCAUUUUUGUGCAGUGGCGCACAUGUGAUUCAAAAAGACUGCCAACCGAGUGCCAUCAACACUUUCGCGGAAGCUCUUUCGCUUUGUAGUCCACCCAUUCGCAUUAAACCCUGUUUGUUGAAGUACCUGGGUAAAUCUCACAAUCUAUGGCAUCGAAUGACGUUGAUGCUGGAGCAACUAGCGUUUGAUACCUCUAACUCCCCUGCCCAUACAAAAGUCAAGCAAAAGGAAAUUGGUGCCGAGUACGAUCUAGAACCUGGAGCACUUUCUCACCAAGAAACUCUUGAUGCUCUCUCGGAAAUGUACAGCACGCUAAAAGAAGAAGACUUAUGGAGUGGCUUAUGGCAACGCCGUGCUCAUCUUCCGGAAACAAUUAUUGGUGUUGCUUAUGAACAACAAGGAUUUUUCGAACAAGCCCAAGGAACUUACGAGCUUGCUAUGACCAAAGUUCGUCAAGAAUUCAUUAACACGCCUGCUCCUGUUUCCCUUCAGAGCGAGUACAGGUUGCUGGAAGAACACUGGAUCCGUUGCGGAAAAGAAUUAAAUCAAUGGGAACUGCUUCAAGAAUUUGGGUUGUCUCCCGAAUGCUUGAAUUACCAACUUGUUUUAGAAAGUGCCUGGCGUACACCUAAUUGGGUUGUUGUGCGUGAUGCAUUAACUCAGCUGGAACAAGCCUGUCCGAAGGAGUAUGCCUGGAAGGUCAAUUUAUACCGUGGUUUCUUAGCCAUGUGUCAUCCAGAGGAACAACAUCCCAACAUGGUUGAACGCUAUGUAGAACUUGCCAGUAGUCUUUGUAUUCGCGAAUGGAGACGUCUGCCCGCAAUAGUGUCUCACGUUCACCUGACAACUCUUCAAGCCGCCCAGCAAGUAGUUGAACUUCAGGAAGCAGCCCAGAUUCAUCAAGGCCUUCUUCAGUCUCGUCCCGGAACUCUGCACGAUGUUAAAGCCAUCGUCAAAACAUGGAGAAAUAGAUUACCGGUCAUCGCUGACGACUUGAGUCAUUGGAGCGAUGUAUUCACGUGGAGGCAACAUCACUAUCAGUUCAUCGUGUCCCAUUAUGAUCAGCAAAGCGAUCAACAGGCCAGCGCUCAAUCUAUGCUUGGAGUUCACGCCUCUGCCCAGGCUAUCAUUCAUUUCGGCAAAGUGGCUCGAAAGCAUAAUUUAACGGGUGUGUGCCUUGAUUCGUUAGCUAGGAUCUACAGUAUUCCCAGCGUUCCGAUUGUCGAUUGUUUCCAAAAAAUCAGACAGCAAGUCAAAUGCUACCUUCAAGCUGCCAACGUAUUGGGGAAAAAUGAACUACAAGAAGGACUCGAAGUCAUAGAAUCAACGAAUUUGAAAUACUUUGCCAAAGAAAUGACGGCGGAGCUCUACGCAUUAAAAGGAAUGUUAUUAGCUCAAAUUGGCAGAGCAGACGAUGCUAACAAAGCUUUUUCAGCCGCUGUACAAAUGCAUGACACCCUCGUUAAAGCUUGGGCCUUAUGGGGUGACCAUUUGGAACAAGUUUUCACCAAAGACUCUCGCAACAUCGGGAUCGGAGUUUCUGCAAUUACGUGUUUCUUACAUGCGUGUCGUCACCAAAACGAAUCCAAAUCAAGGAAAUAUCUGGCCAAGGUGCUUUGGCUUUUGACGUACGACGAUGACAAGCUUUCAUUAGCUGAAUCGUUGGACAAAUAUUGUGUUGGAGUUCCGCCAGUGCAAUGGUUACCUUGGAUUCCCCAACUUCUGGUGUGCCUUGUUCGUGAUGAAGGGAAGUUAGUGCUCAACUUGUUGAGUCAAGUUGGACGGAUGUUUCCUCAAGCAGUGUACUUUCCCAUCCGCACUUUAUACCUGACGCUGAAAAUCGAACAGAGAGAGCGAUAUAAAUCUGCGGAAUUGGCUGCUAAUCAAGCUUCCACCGAGACUAGUGCUAAUGUCACCAAUGGCGCACCUCAAAGCAGCACUCCAGCUGCUGGGAUGGAAGGAGCUGGCCCCAUCAAGGCUACCGAACCUAUGUGGCGUUGCUCACGGAUCAUGCACAUGCAGAGAGACUUGCAUCCCACUGUUUUGUCUUCUCUCGAAGGCAUCGUCGAUCAAAUGGUUUGGUUCAGGGAAAAUUGGUAUGAAGAAGUACUACGUCAGUUGCGACAAGGUCUCGCAAAAUGUUAUGCCAUCGCUUUCGAAAAUCGAGGAUCCGUUGCCGAAGCCACAAUCACUCCGCACACGCUGAGCUUCGUGAAAAAACUGGUGGCGACUUUUGGAAUAGGCAUUGAAAACAUUGCCAAUUCUGCAAGUGGUUCUUUUAGCAGUGCUGCAUCCGAAAGUUUAGCACGUCGAGCUCAAGCCACAGCUCAGGAUCCAGUGUUUCAACGAAUGAAAACUCAGUUUUCAACUGAUUUCGACUUCACUUUGCCCGGCGCCAUGAAGCUUCACAAUCUUAUUCACAAAUUGAAAAAGUGGAUAAAGAUUUUGGAAGCCAAAACUAAACUAUUGCCCAGGUCUUUCCUUAUCGAAGAAAAAUGUCGGUUCCUCAGCAACUUUAAUCUACAAACAGCGGAAGUAGAACUUCCCGGGGAAUUUUUGCUCCCCAAGCACACGCAUUACUAUGUCCGGAUAGCCCGUUUCUUGCCGCGCGUGGAAAUCGUUCAAAAGCAUAACACGGCAGCCAGGCGUCUCUACAUUCGAGGACACAAUGGAAAGAUCUACCCAUACUUGGUUGUGAACGAUGCAGGUCUCGGCGACGCUAGAAGAGAGGAACGUGUUUUGCAACUGCUUAGAAUGUUAAACAACUACUUGAACAAGCAUAAGGAAACGUCAAAGAGAUUCCUGAACUUCACUGUACCUCGUGUUGUGGCUGUUUCUCCACAAAUGAGACUAGUAGAAGACAACCCAUCCAGUGCUACGUUACUCGAUAUUUACAGGCUACGUUGUGUUAAACGAAACAUUGAACAUGAUAUGCCCAUCGCUAAAUACUAUGAAAGAUUAGCCACCAUUCAAGCAAGAGGAAGUCAGGCUAGCCACCAAGUUUUACGAGAUAUUCACAAAGACGUACAGCAGAUUAUGGUUCCACGAACUCUGUUGCGUGAAUGGGCCAACGUCACGUUCCCGUCAGCCACAUUUUAUUGGACAUUCCGCAAAAUGCUGACGCUGCAAAUGGCUCUGGUCAAUCUUGCCGAAUACGUGCUACACCUCACACGACUCAAUGCAGAUAUGCUGUACAUUCAUCAAGAUUCGGGCCUUCUAAGUGUAUCAUACUUUAAGUUUGAUGUUGAAGACUCAAACGGAGAACUCGAUGCCAACAGACCUGUGCCUUUCCGUCUAACGCCAAACAUGGUUGAGUUUUUGACAAUGAUUGGAGUGGCCGGUCCUCUUACCGCAAGUAUGAUUGCUGCGGCUCGUUGCUUGGUUCAACCGAGUGUCAAAGUCGCUGCUAUUCUGAAAGCAGUUUUGCGAGAUGAGAUGAUAGCAUGGCACAAGAAGAAAACUGCCGACGAGAAGGAAAAGGACACUGGUGGAAGUGGUCAGGUGGAGGGAGAAAUUUUGAUUGGUUUGGUAAAUAAAGCCGUUAAUGCGAUAAUAAAUAGGCUACAAGGGUUAUCAACCUUUGAUGGAAAUGAGUCUAAAGUCAGCACUUUGGUCGCCGCUGCCAAUAGUAAUGACAAUUUGUGCCGGAUGGAUCCAGCUUGGCAUCCGUGGUUGUAAUGUGCGAAUGUUUCUAUUGUGUUUAGUAUACUGAAAAAAAAAAAAAAACUGUAAUUCGACUUCUACGUAAGUAGAAAAACUCGGUUGAUUAAUAAUACACUUGUCAAUUAUUUUA